GCGAGGACCUUAGAAAUCACUUAUCCACAAUCUGCUCAUUUUACAACUAAGAUGGCAUCUUGCCCGAAUGUCACAUAGCUAGUAAGUAGCAGAGGCAGAACUAGAACCCAGAUCUCUUGAUUCCUGCUAUAGCCAGGCAAGCUGCCCUCAUAGUAGACAGACAAGUUUGAUGGGGAGGAAUUAGGAAAAGGCUCAGUCCCUUCAUGAGCAAAGAUGUUGAUCAGAAGACUCGAAGAGUCUGCCUUCCACAAACCUCACAUUAACAGUCAUACUUAAGUGCUAAAAGUUUGGGCCCACCAAAAGCAGCCAGGUGGAGCAGUAGAUAGAGCCCUGGGCCUGGAGUCAGGAGGACCUGAGUUCAAAUCUGGCUUCAAACAUUAGUUAUGUGACCCUGGACAAGUCAUUUUAACCUCUGUGCCUCAGUUUCAUCACCUGUAAAAUGAGGAUGGUAAGAGCACCUCCUGCUAGGGUCCUUGUGAGGAUCAAAUGAGAUAAUAUUUCUAAAGGGUUUAGCACAGUGCCUGGCAUAUCUUAAACAUUAUCUAAAUGCUCAUUCCCUCCUCUUCCCAGCCUCAUUCUUCCUGUAGUACCAUCUGAAGACUUGAGAUAUUGACCCUCAGAUACUGAGGACCAAUCAGAGCCUGAGUGAAGAAGAGGGACAGACCCAUAGAUAUGGAAUGGAAGACUUUCCCCUGCCAUUCCCAAGUUAAAAAGGUUGGGGUGACCCAGCAGAAUGUGGUCCUGAUUUCAUUGCUUAAUCCUUUGAGAGUAUGCAGCCACAAGCACAGUUGGUAAGUCUGUUUCCUUAAUGUAGUUUGUCAACAUCAGCAAUUAUAAAUGGAGUCACUCUAGAAUCUGAGCAGCUCUGCAUAGUGAGCAGUGAAGACUGAACUGACCUAGUAUUUAUUCACUCUGCAGUUUCACCGGACAGGAGCACUGCCACUGACUGGGAUCCCAAAUCUGCCAAACCCCUGUUGAGGGCAAUGUUCAUAAAACCUGAAAAGGCCCUGAUCACUCCUGGUCAGGUUGGGGGAUGGAGAAGGGGAUCAGAGCCUUAGUAACAAUUGUCGAUUAGUAAAAAAUUAGCAAAAGGUUGCUUCCCAACGGUCAGGUCCCAGGUGCAGUUAGUGUGACUUCAUAGUGGACCCAUCAGUCGCCUUGUGUUAGUUACACGGAGGGCCUUGAAAGAGCCAGGACUCAGAAGACACACUUUCCAUCAAGGAGGAAAACUGCUUGAAACUGAAACUGGUCUGACUUCUGGUCCUGCUGACCUUUUCUGUUUAGUGUGACCCUGCCUACUGAGUGUCUCCUCUGUACAGAGGCAACUGUGUAUGCUGCACCUAUAGCUCCCACUCUAGUCAGAGGGAUGUGGCGUCCUGAAGUGCCACUUAAACCUUUCCCAGCUCUUUCUAGAAAGGCAUUCAGCAGGAAUUAAUUGCACCAUGGUUAGGCUGGGAGAUCUAUAUACUUUCUCACCAGACAGAGCUCCUUGCUCUGCAGUAGCACAGUUUUCCCUCUUGGACCUGAAGGGCCAUUGACAGCCCAGUCACUCUGCCAUUUGCCUCCAGCCCCAGAGAAGCAGAGGCUCAUUGAUGGUAGAUUAUGGAAACCGGUUUGGAAGAAUGUGGCAUUCAGCAGUUUCCCUUCUUGUUUUGGAGUGUGCUUUUAAAAUUCCAUUCUUUAUAAAAAAAAAAAUCUUUACAACAAUAUUUCUAUCUUUACAGCAUUUAGUAAUUUGAUAAAAUCAGCUUGACAGUAGCACAAAACGAAAGACCUGUUCCUUCUACUUCUAGUUUUAAUCAUUAGCCUUAAGGUUUGCCAAGCACUUGAUUAUCACAACAGCCUGCAAAGGAGAUGGCAUUAUUAGUCAUAUUUAACAGAUGAGAAAACUGAGGAUUGGUGUACUUAAAUAACUUGACCAGAGUCACUGUCAGUAAGUGGCAGUGUCUGAACUCUUCAUGUGGACUAACUGGCACUGCCCUUGGCAGAGAGGGUAGGGAAACUUCCCUGUCAACAGGCUCACCAGGUUAGGCCCAGUCUCUGCUGCUCAAAACUAGCUUAGUCCCAGAUCAGGGGGUGAUUUAAAGCUGCUCAUAAAAGGCUUUCCACAUGCAACAUACUGUACAAGGGAAGGUAGCCACCAAUACAGACAUAAAGAGAUAUGCCCAGGUACACCUCACUGUGUCUGACAGACUUGUGUUCUCUCUCAAAAUGGUUGGAUCUUGUGAGCUUACUCAGAAGUCGGCAAGGUUGGAAUUGUUCUCCUUGGAAAAACUUCCUAUAUGACUUAAAAGGUCCCUCUCCUUUAUUUAGUUGGCCAUAGAAGUCCUUCAAAGAGAAAUGGUCCUGUACCCAGUGUUGUCUUUCUAUUAGAUGUCAGUAAUCUGAGUAAAAGAUUACCACUAAAGUGUCCCCCAGAAUGAUACCAAUGUACUCUGUGAUUUGGACUCAAGUCUGCCAGAAACAAUUUUAUUGAAUCUACAUUUAAAUAACUUCUAGAUUGGAUAGAGAGAUGUUCAAAUUGUCAUAGUCUCACAUGCCUUCCAAAAUGACUGUCCCAACAGUUUCAAAUAACAUUUAUAGGAAUCUUGAAUAAGGAAAAGAUCACAAUAUGUUAAAAUACAGUUUGGGGUUAACAUUCUUGGACUUGGGGUCAGGAAGACCCAAGUUCAAAUAAGGCCUUAGACACAGUAGCUGUGUGACACUGGGCAAGUCACUUAACCUCUUCCUUAGUUUCCUCAUCUGUAAAAUGGGAAUGAUAGCAUUUACCUCCAAAGGUUGAAGUGAGGAUAAUAUGGCAUGCUGUUUGCAAUCAUUAAAGCUAUUUAAAUACUAAAGUUAUUAUGAUUUCAGAACUGAGUUCCUUCCAGGACUAUUCUAAAGAGAGAUAGAUUGGAAAGAGUUCCUGUCAUCAACAUCUUAACCCUUAAUUUCAAAUUACAAUAAAAACUAUGCUUUGGUCAGUCAAAGCACUAAUAACUCCAGGUGAGUGAUACGGCAAUAUUUUAUCUAGAUGAGAUCGAUUUGGUCAUUACUCUUCCAUUUCAAAGGAAGGCCCCAGCCUUUGUUCUUCAUAUUUUUCCUAAAGGGAAAAGUCUGGAAGGGAUUUUAGGUUGGGAAAUAGUGUUAAUAAGUCUAGAGAAACUAAAAAGGUGUUUUUUUUAAUAUGCUUCCAAACCUCCAUAACUUGCUCAGAACACAGUAAAAGUCAGCUUACCUUUAGAUCUGGAAACAAAGCCCAUUUUAAGAGUACACAUAACAAACCAGGUUUACAAAGAAUCUGAAGCUCCAAAGGGUGAACACUAAGGCAUAUUCACCCUGAAGCAAUGAGGCUGAGGAAUUGGAGAAUGGAUAAAGUCACUGAGCAGCCAGGCAGGCACAACCAGAAAACAGCAAGUUCUGUCCACACAGCUCAUUCCCUAUGCAGAUCUGUGAGCCAGAUAAGGUUCCAACCGCCCAAAAUUUCAUUCACGCUUCAGGAUUCAGUGCCAGUAACUUGCUGCCAGCUCCCACCAGUGGCAUGAAUCUGCCCUCCAUACUCUCACUUUCUAGCUAAGAAUAAACUACAUUUCUUAGCUGCCUGGGGCAGCAAUAUGGGAUUUCAUACAACAAAGAAAGCAAAAAGUACCCAAGCCCAAGUCCAAUUAUAAUUUUUUUUAAUUACCAUCUGGGACCUUCCCCAGGGACAGUCAGUCCCUUCUGACUUACACUGCUACCCUAAAGUUAAGACCUACAUUCCUCCACCAGAUGAGAAAAAAAAAACUUGGGGUUUCUAGAAAUUCAAGCAACAUAACCCUCAAGUGAACCCCUGUUCCCCCAGGAAUCUAUGUGUAAUCUUUCCAAAUUGAGGGUGCUAUGUUGUAUUAGUUAUAUGGAGUCCCCCUCCCCCAAAAUGGAGCUAGAUCUCGGGUUGUUAGAAGAGUUGGACAUCACUUACAGGUAUCAGUGAAAAAGCAAAGUCUAGGUUUGCUGUCACACUUUGCGACUGUGCUUUGAGGCUUCCAUAGCCCUCUUCAUGAUCCAAGUGCAGAGCUUGGGCCAAGAAAUCCUUGCUAUUCUGAAUAGCCCCAAGAAAUCCCUGAAAACAACUGAAGGGCCAGGGACAAAGCUGACAAACUGGCAGCAGUCGCCCUGGAGGGCAGCAGCAAAGCCUUAAGUUCCUUUGACAUAUACAAGAUAAAUCUGUACAGUCCAAGAUCUAGCAGGGCACAGCCUCUGAUUGGAUAGAGCAAUCCACAGCAUCCUUGAAUAGAUGCACUGCAGCUUGAGAAUUAUCUUUUGUACAAUCGGCCAAAUAGUUGAUAACUUGUUACAGCUGUAGAAAGGAAACGAAUCAAGAGCCCAUAUAACGAACACACAAACAAGAAUUCACCUCAGGAGUAGAUGUAGAAAACAAGACUGAAGGAAAAGAUUGGAGUCAAGAUCAGCUUUGAAUGCCCUGCUAAACAAUUUCAACUUUAGCCUUUUGGCUGUUGUGAACCAUUGAAUAUUUUUGAGCAAGAGAAUAAGUUAUGUGAUCAAAGUAAAAUGUUAGAUAUCAACCAAAUGUUUGUUGAGCGAAUGAUGCUUUGCAUUUGUAUAGUAUUCCAUAAACUACUUUAACACGCAUCUUUUUUUUGAUUUCUGAAGGCAACCCUGUGAAACAGUUAAGCCAGCUUAAGUUAUUAGCUCCUCUUAUGACAGAUGAAGAAACUGAGGGUCAGAGACUGACUUGUCCAAAGACAUAUGACUAGUAGAGGCAUCAAAAUUAAAACUCAAAGAUUCUAACUCUUAGUCCAGUGUUCUUUUCACCUAACACUGAACGAAGGCAAGUAUUAAAAGGGACUAAGGUUUCUGGCCUGAUUGGGAAUGAUAAUAACUGGCAUUUAUUUAGCACUUUAAGAUUGGCAAAGCACUUUACAUACAUAAUCUCAUUGGAUCUCCCCAGUAUCUCCAACAGGCAAGUACUACACAUACCAUCUACAUUUUAUAAAUGGAAACCAAGGCUCCAAGAGGUUGUCACUUGCCUAUAAUCACUCAGCUAGUGUUAGAAUCAGGAUUUGAUUGUAGGUCUUCCUAACUUCCAUUCCAGCACACUGUCAAAUACUGUAUACUACUUUUAAAAAUAUGGAGAAAUCUAGAAGAAUUUGAAGGAAAAGUUGAUUUGAUUAAUUGGAGCUAACAGAGCAUCCAAGUGAAGAUAAUCUAUCAGGCAUUUAGAGAUGGGGGAGCCGAAAUUCAGAUCAGAUACUGGACUGGAUAUGUAGACUCUUGAGUCAUCUGCAGAGAAGCAACAGUGGGAGAUUUAAGAGAGCAGAGGGCUAACAUCCUUUUUAACAGGUAGAAGGAUAAAUUGGAGCCAGUAAUGGAGAUAAGAAGUAGUGGGUCUAAAUGUAUAACCAGGACCCUGUCCUGUCAUAGCAGGAAAGGGAGGACAAAGUCUCCAAGAGCCAGUGGUCCAUAGUCAGCCAAUAAACAUGUAUUAAGCACUUGACUAUGUGCCAGGCACUGUGCUAAGCAUUAGGGAUACAAAGAAAGGCAAAAGACAGCCCCUACCCUCAAAAAGUUCUUAGUUUAUUAUGGGAAGACAACAUUCAACUAUAUACAACUAUGUACAAAUAGGCUAUAUGCAGUAUAAGUGGGAUAUUAUCAGCAGAGGGAAGGCAAUAGAAUUAAGAGAGACUAAGAAAGCCUUCCCAUAGAACAUAGGAUUUUAGUUGGGACUUGAAGCAAGCCAGAGAAGUCAAGGAGGCAGAGAUGAAGUAGAGCAUACCAGGCAUGAGUAACAGCCAGUGAAAAACUCCCAUUUCUUGUUCAAGGAAUAGAACAGAGGCCAGUGUCACGACUGCAGAGUGCAGUAACUUGGGAUGGUGGUGUUAACUGUGUAAGUCGUAAAAAGACUGGAAAGUUGAGGAAUAGGGAUGCAGACUGUGAAGGGCUUUGGACACCAAAGAGACAAUUUUAUAUUUCAUCCUAAAGGUGAUAGGAUGCCACCGGAGUUUAUUGAGUAGGGGGAUGACAUGGCCAGACCUUCACUUUAGGGAGAUCUGGCAGCUAGAGUAGAAGAUGUACUGGUAUGGGAAGAGACUUGGUGGUAGACUGACUCACCAGCACCCUAUUGCAAUAAUCUAUCUGUGGAGCGAUGUACCUGGAUAGUAGCAAUAUCAAAAGAGAGAAGGGGUUUAUUGAAAGACAGUAGAAAGAUAAAAGACAGACCUUAGCAACAAAUGGAAUAUAGGGGUGAGAGAGAAUGAGAUGUUGAAGAUAACACCUAGAUUGUGAGCCUAGGUGAUUGGAAAGAUAGUAGUAGGGGCCGUAAAAGGGAAGUUUAAAAGAGGGGAGGGUUUGGGGGGAAAGAUGAUGAGUUCCGUUUGGGACUUUUGAGUUUUAUAUGUCUACAGGACAUAUAUGAUAGGCAGUUAGAGAUGGGAGACAAGGUCAGCAGAGAGGUUAGGGCUAGAUAAGUAGACUCCAGAAUCAUCAGCUUAGAGAUGAUAAUUGAAUCCAUUGAAGCUGAAGAGGCCAGCAAAUUAAAUAAAAGAGGGAGAAGAGAAAAAGGCUGAGGUCAAGGAACUGUGAGACGCUAACUAAAAGUUAGCUGGUGUGAGCUGACGAAGAUCCAGUAAGAGACUGUUCAGACAGGUAGGAAGAGAACCAAGAGACUGCGUGACUUAGAAAAGAGUAUCAAGAAGAGGCUGAUGGACAGCAUCAAAGGCUUCAGAGAGUUGAAGAAUGAUGUGGGGUGAGAAAAAUUCAUUAGUUUUGCAAUUAAGAAGAGACCAUUAUUAACUGUGGGGAGGGGAGCAUCGGUUGAAUGAUGUCAGACGCUGAAUUGCAGAGAAUUAAGGAAAGAGUAAGAGGAAAGGACUUGUCCGAUGCUGCAAGGAAGAAAGAAUGCAUUCGACUUCUUUGGCCAAGUCCUCAGGCAAGCUCCAUACCAGCCUGCCUUACAGCCUGCCCACAGCGUCCAGAAAAGGAGCCGCUGUCUUCCGGGAAGCUACAGGAAACAACCCAGGAGUAGCCCCGAGGAAGCCCGGAGCUGGGUAUAGGGAUCCCCUGAGCUGGGUACGGGGACCCAGGAGCGGGCAGGGGCAGGCUCGGCCUCCCGCGGCGCGGAGCACAACCUGGGCUACCUGGUUCCCGGCUCCAGGCGCGGCAGCCACCCUCGCUUCCCGGGGGCCACGGCCGAGGGAGCGCUGCACUUCCCGAAGAGGGUGGCAGGGAAGAAAGCGGCUCGACCAUGGCCGAGACCGCUCCUGCUCAGGCUCCAGAGUGGGACGUGAGCGAGCCUUUCCGGGGCCUUCAGCCAGACGCCCCCUUCCAGGCCUCGGAGCUGUGGCCCGUGGUGGCGGCAAUGCAGACGGUGGAGAGGACCAUCUGUUCCCAUGCCAGCCGGCUCAUGACCCUGGAGGGGCGCACAGGGGCCGUGGAGAAGAAGGUCAUCGACUGUGAGAAGACGGCGGUGGAGUUUGGGAACCAGCUGGACAGCAAAUGGGCCACGCUGGAGACGGUGCUACAGGAGUACGGGCUGCUCCAGAGGAGGCUGGAGAACAUGGAGAACCUGCUGAAGAACCGCAACUUCUGGAUCCUGCGGCUCCCGCCGGGCUGCCGAGGCGAAGUGCCCAAGGUCCCGGUGACAUUUGAUGACGUGGCUGUCUAUUUCUCAGAGAAGGAGUGGGGGAACCUGGACAAGUGGCAGAAAGAGCUUUACAAGCACGUGAUGACAGGCAACUAUGAGAUGCUUGUCUCCUUGGACUAUGCUCUUUCCAAACCUGAAUUUUUGACCCGAAUUGAACAAGGGGAAGAACCAUGUAUCCGGAAUCAGUUGGACUCAGAAGAGACAGAAAUAGCAGCAAACCUUGACCCUGGGACAGGGCCUCCAAUUUCUACUAAUGAUGUCCAACCAUGUAUUAAGCAAGAAGAGCAAGGGCCCAGGGAUCAAGAAGACAUAGAGGGAAGUGUCCCUAUCACAGAACUGAACAAAGAGGCUGAUUGGGCCCUGAGGCCAGUGAAGGAGCUGCAUCCUCUGGCAGCGGAGGAGAGUCCAGAGCUCCCUGCGCCACUGUCCAGAGUAGCCAGAGCGCUUCUCCCUGCCCCUGAGUGCAGCUCCAGCCCUACCCUCCCAGUGGGCUUCCAGCCACAACAGCCCCUCCUCCUGAGCCCAGGCCCAGAGCAGGCCCUACAGUCAGGCCCUGUGCGGCCUCAGCUGGCCACCUGGUGGCCCUGUCCAGCCAGAGAGCAGCCCUAUACGUGUGCCGAGUGUGGUAAGAACUUCCGGCUCCGAGAGAACUUGACAAAGCAUCAAAGGAGCCACAGGCAGGAGCUGCUCUCCCAGCCCAUGGAAGCACAGAGGAGCAGCCGGCCACAGGGCCCUGGGGCAGCUCUGCCAUGGGAGCCCUCUCAGGCCAAGAACUCCCGACAGAGGGCGUCUCUUCUGCCCCGGACACGACUGCAUGCCUAUGCCGAACGGGGAAAGCGAUGUCCGGGGAGGCGGGGCCUGGGCAGACACCCCCAGGGUCACCCCCCACCCCAGCCCUACCAGUGCCCCGAGUGUGACAAGAGUUUUGUGUGUUACUCCUGGCUCAAACGGCACCGUACCCUUCACACAGGUGAGCGACCCUUCCAGUGUCCUGAGUGCGAGAAGUGCUAUAGCCGGAAAGAAUACCUCCUGAACCACCAGCGGCUGCACACAGGGGAAAAACCCUUCCAUUGUGCUCAGUGUGGCCACAGCUUUAUGCUGAAAAGGAGUUUCAUCAGACACCAACAAAGACAUAUGAGGAAAACGGAGAAGCCUCCAGGCUGCCCACCAGACUUCCUGGGCCAUCUGUCAGCCCUGACCAAGGAGAGUUCCACAUGGAGCCCUCCAGGCAGGAAUGGCUGGUUGGGGCCGCCUCUUUCAAGGCCCCAGGUGGAGGAACUGCUCUACCCAUGGACGGGAGCUGGGGACCAAGAUCCUCCACCAGCACAGCAGAGCACACAAAGAACAGCUCUGUGUCCUUUGUGGACUUCCCCAGCCUCCAAGUCCAGCCCCCAAACCACAUUUCCAGUAGUGAAAACAGAGAUGUGGCUAUAGGCAGACUAAAGCCAACAAGACUUGUGUGCAGAGAAUGGGGCAGGUAGGUGGCAUAGAGGGAGGAAUGCUGGACUUAGAGGCAGGAAGACCUGAGUUCAAAUCCUGCCUCAGACACACAGUAGCUGUGUGACUCUGGGCAAGUCACUGAACCUCUCUCAGCCUCGGUUUCCUCAGCGCUGUAUAAAUUUUAGCUAUUAUUCUCACCUGGGCUGAGAAUCGUGGAGGACGGUGAGUAUGUUUGCUCUAUCUGGUUUCCUUUUUCAUUUUCUGGGCUGUAGCUUGACAGAAUGACAAAAGGCAAUAAACACCCUUUGGGGCCUGUUUCUUCAACAGUAAAAUGAGCUUGGAUUCCAUUAUCUUUUAUGUCUCCUCCAGACCCCUGGUCAGUGUUCUCAUAUCAUCAAGUCUUUUUCAUCUUAGCAGUUGGGAGAGGGGUAAGGAGAUGUCUUUCCUUUAAGUGUGUGAUGAAGGAAAAUUAAUUGCAAUGAGAAGCUUCAAGUUAGUCUUGAGUCAUUGUCCUGCUUCCCUCCCUGCUUUCCAGCACCACAGAUGUCAGCCCUUGUUUGAGUGGUCAGGGUCCCUCCCAGGUGGCGUCUGGUCAAGGAGGGAGCCAGGGGCAGGCCUCUACAAAGCAAUUCAAGGAAGAAAGAAGGAAAGGAUGGCCAGGGCUGAGGGAAAGCCAAGGGAAUUGUAGUGAGUCAAGUGCUUUGUGUAUCUUCUGUGAUUCAGAAUAAACCAGUGGCUAAGGGCUCUUCACCCCCUUCCUGGUUCCCUGUUAGCAGCAUUGGGCUCUCAAGGUUCACAGACUUAGAGCUGGAAGGAACCUGAGGCCAUUGAGUUCACCUCAUUUUACAGUCGAGGAAACUGAGGCCCAGGAAGGGUAACUGACUUGUCCGAGGGACCCAAACCUAGGGCCUCUGACUCUAGAAUCAACCUUUCUUUUUCCAUUGCACCACAGGGCCUCCCUGGGAUUUGCGCACCACUUCAUAUCCAUCAUCAUUUGUUCCUCACAACAACCCUGUCAGGGAGGUGCCAUUAUUAGGAUUAUUUACAAUUUUCCCUAUGAAGUCUGAGGAAAAAAGACAGAGAGGAAAAGGAAAAUAAGAGGGUCAAGUCUCCAUCCAUCCAGGAUGGAGCCCUUUGCCAAAAAGCUCUUUGCUUGUUUCAAAUAAAAGCAGAAGAGAGGAAACCUGGCCACAAGUCACGGGGUGGGAGCAGCAGUGGAAAGAGAAGCAGGCAGGUUAGUUGUUUCCAAUAAAAAGAAAAGAGUGGCCUGGUGCCCGGGAGUAACUAAGCAGAAUCCCUGCAGGAUCUUCACCAGCAUCAGUCCUCAUCCACCAUGACAGUGUUGUACCCAUCUCUUACCAAUGUCAACAUGGCAGAGUCCAAAAAGAUUUUGACAGGCGAGAGCAGUGGUCUCUAAAGUAGGGGCCAGGGUUUCAUGCCAAGGGAGCAGUGGCCUAACCCAAAUGGAUGUGUAAUCAUCCAUACAAUGGGAAGAUAGAUCCACCCCACCCACCCAUGAAUAGCCAGUGGGGUUUAUCGUCAACACCUGGCCUUGUCCCCUAAACACUCCCACUCCAAUCCCUCAAAUCCAUUAGCUUCCACCUCUUCCCCUCUGAGCCCAGCAUCAGCCCUUCAGCAUUGGUAUAACCUAAGCACACCAUUCCACAAGGGCAGACUUCAUUUUUGCCCUUCAAAAUUUCCACUUGGACAUGAUAAUUAGCUUAUAUUUGGUUAAAGAAGGAGGCUGAGGGGCAGCUAGGUGGUGAAGUGGAUAGAGCACCAGCCCUGGAUUCAGGA